AUGCACGCGUCGUGGUCGUGCCUUGCGCCGUUUGGCUGCUUCGUCGAGAUCGGCAAGCGGGAGCUCGUUGACGCCGGCCGCCUCAACAUGCACGUCUUUCUCAAGAAUACCACCUUUACAGCCCUUGACCUGUCGGAGCUCUUUUACGCCCAAGAUGCCUUUUACCGAACCAUGCUUUACGAUCUCACUGCCGAAUCAUUGUAUCGGGCGGGCAUCACCAGGCCCUCGCCGAUUGCAACGUUUGACGUCGCCGACAUUGCGCAGGCAUACCGCCACUUUACCACAAAGGACCGCGUGGGCAAGAUUGCCGUUUGCAUAGACAAGGCCCAGAGCCGCGUUCCAGUCAUGCCGUCGCAAUACAAGGCCGUGUUUGACUUCAACAAGACAUAUCUUCUCCCCACGGCGCAGCAGCUCGUCUCCCGCCUUGUCGACGCCGGCGCCGACGUCACCAUCAUUCGUGGCGAUGUGUCAGACGUUAACCGGGUGCGCGAGGCCGUUUCGGCGUGCACGGCCAAGGGUCCCAUCGGCGGCGUCGUCCAGGCGGCCAUGGGCCUCCGCAAGGCCCUCUUCACCAGCAUGAGCAACGACGCUUGGCACACGGGCAUCCGGCCCAAGUGGCAGGGCACGUGGAACCUACAUGACGCGCUCGAGGGCCACGACGAGGCCCUUGACUUCUUUCUCAUGACGUCCUCGCUCUCUGGCAGCUGCGGCACCGCGACCGAGAGCAACUACUGCGCCGCCAACGGCUUCCUCGACGCCUUUACACGCUGGCGCCGCGGCCAGGGGAAGCCCGCCAUCUAG